CCUAACUCUCUUCUCACCCAGAGGAAUCUCAUGCGUCCUUGAGCUCGUAUAGAUGCGCCUCGACCUGGCCGCCCGAAGAAACGGCGACUCACUGACGGACUGCAUCCCGGGGCACACCGCGUAUCAUACGAUUCCAUGCCGAUGGUCUCUAGGACUCCAUCUCCCGUAUCUCCCUCCAUCAUCAAAGCUCCAUCUCCAGGUACACCCUCACCGGCCUUGACUCCCGAUCCAGGAUCACAAACACCACGCACUUCCUCUGAUGAUUUCUCGGCAGCAUCACGGCGUACACCUCCCCCCGUCUCAUCUCUGCCACCGCCGCCACCGGUACGAGCUUUAGCCAACGGGUUCGAUGUUCGGAAAGAUUACGGACGGUAUAUAAACUCCAAUGGGCAUCCAGCCAUCAUACCUUGUGAUCACUGUAAGCGUCACGGACCUCAUGCUUGUCGAUUUCUCUUAAGAUCUGAUCAACGCUCGAUCGGUCGAGCCAGGCUAAGACUAUGUCACAAGUGCACGAGGGAUGGCAAAGCGUGCAAGAUCAAUGGGGUCAGAGUCAUCGAUAUGCUCGAAGAGGAUUCGGAUCGAGAGUUUGCAGCGGCACGGCCAGGGCCUGCGCAAGCACCAACUAUACCGGCACCAAAUACGAUCCGAUUGAUACAGAAAUCAGCACUACCGCCGGUACAGCAUCGAUUGUUGUUAAGGCCACGAUCACAAGCCCAGCAGACGUCGACGUCAACUGCACCACGGGAAGAGGCUCAGAAUCCCAGUCGUUGAGCUCGACAGCGGGCGAGACGCCAGACGUGGAGCUGCUCGAGCCGCGAGAAAGGCCGCGCAAAGGAGAAAUCUCCAGCGAGAGGCAUCGGAUUCGGAAGACAGCACUCGGACGACCAACCCAUUGCUCGAAUAUCUCUGCCUCAGCUGAUUGGUGUCAUCCGGGACCUUAAAGAUGAGGUCAAGCUGAUGAGGAUCGCCAUGGAGGACGUUAAUCGUCAGCGCUAGAGCUGGAUGAGACAUGGUAUUCCAGAGACAACACUUUUGUACAUGAUGCAGGGCUC